UCGAAAGAUUUGCUAUUACAGAUAUGAUAGCACACGAAUGGACUGAAUCACCCACUCUUCUUUUACUCCCCACAAAGAAAUUCACUUUAUUAAUAAUCAAUCUCUGCCAUUUUCAAAAUCAAAUUCGUUUGCAGAGACGACGGAGAUGGCAGAGUAUUUGGUAACCGGAGGAACUGGCUUCAUCGCUUCUUACAUCGUCAAAUCACUCCUCGAACUCGGACACACCGUUCGAACCACUGUCCGAGACCCUCGGGAUGAAGAAAAGGUGGGUUUUCUAUGGGAAUUGAAAGGAGCGAAACAGAGGCUGAAGAUUUUCAAAGCUGAUCUAACGGUGGAAAGAAGCUUUGACGAAGCAGUGAACGGUGUCGAUGGAGUAUUCCACACGGCUUCUCCUGUUCUCGUCCCACAGGAUCACAACGUUCAAGAGACACUGGUUGAUCCAAUCAUUAAAGGAACAACCAACGUGAUGAACUCUUGUGCAAAGUCCAAAACUUUGAAAAGAAUCGUUCUCACAUCUUCUUGCUCUUCGAUACGGUACCGUUUCGAUGCCACUGAAGCCUCUCCGCUCAACGAGUCUCAUUGGAGCGACCCUGACUACUGCAAACGCUUCAAUCUUUGGUACGGAUACGCAAAGACUCUAGGGGAGAAAGAGGCUUGGAGGAUAGCUGAAGAGAAAGGUUUAAACUUGGUGGUUGUGAACCCUUCCUUUGUGGUUGGUCCAUUGCUUGGACCAAAACCAACAAGCACUCUGCUUAUGAUCCUCGCCAUUGUCAAGGGUCUUGCCGGAGAGUAUCCGAAUUUCACGGUCGGGUUUGUGCACAUUGACGAUGUGGUUGCUGCCCAUGUGUUAGCCAUGGAAGAGCCUAAAGCAUCAGGGAGGAUCGUGUGUUCGAGCUCUGUUGCUCAUUGGUCUGAGAUCAUUGAGUUGCUAAGAAACAAGUAUCCUAAUUACCCACUUGAGAACAAGUGCAAUAACAAAGAAGGGGACAAUAGUCCACAUAGUAUGGAUACAAGGAAGAUACAAGAGUUGGGAUUUGCUUCAUUCAAGUCACUACCUGAGAUGUUUGAUGAUUGUAUCCGCAGCUUUCAGGAGAAGGGUCUGCUCUGAAGAUUUUAGUCUCUUCUGGAGCGUAACAAGUUAUUUCUAUGGAUUGAUGUCUAUGAAGUUGUAACUGAUCAAAGAACCUCUGUUAGUUACUGAUUCCAGUAUAAAUUCAAUAAUUAAGCUGGUUUUUUUUUAACUCCUUCCAAUAUUUCAAACAUUUUAUUACAUGGAAUCCUACCAUGAGACAAUAUGUAACCAUACCAAAAGGUCCAAAAC